AUGGUCUCCGUUGCCACUUCCCAUUCACCGGCCCUCAGUGCCACACCCUCUAUCCAUCGAACAAAAAUGCUUCAAACAUCAUCUCCUGUAUCCAUACUUAAAUCCACCAAGCAGAACAGUAUGAAGCGCAAAAUUGACGAUUCCGAAAUGACAAUCUCUCCCCCUCCAUCCGACGGACCCUCCGAACAACACCCCGCCAAACGUCCUCGAGUCACCUGGAAUGAAAAUGAUUCCAUUCGAACGUUCUCUCCACUGGAUGGAAGUAAACCUGGAAAGCAACCUCCUCCAACCACCCCGGGGAAGAGUGCAGCGGUUAUUCGUGAAGAAGUACGUCGGGCCAUUCAUCGCCAUGUUACCGCUGGGGAUAGCGAGGCCUAUGACCGAAUCAAGCAGGUUUUUGCUUUCGACCCCAGAAAACCAGACUCGAGCGGGCAGUCAUGGUACACACCGUCACAUGCCGACCUCAGGAAUCAUUUGAUGGGUCUCCUCUCUCAUGUCGCCUCUUUGGAUCGGGACUGCUCGAGUCUGGUGCAAGCUGUGCUCAACAGCGAAUGGUUAGGCCGAGACGAAGCCUAUGUAAAACUUUUUAUCCGAUUCCUGGGCAACUUGGCCGCUGCACAGGGUACCUACCUUGUUCAAAUUUUCAGAAUGCUUACCAGCAAGCUUUCCGGAAUCCCCAAUGGCACUGGAAAACUUCCCGACUACCCUCCCGUCAAUCCUGCUGAAAUCUACAGUCGUAUCCACUUGGCUCUACGACAUUUAAUGCGCCUCAUUCCUGCUGGAAGUGGAAGCCUGUCACCAGUCUUGAUUCAACAAUUUCCUCCUGACCCCGAUGCUGCCAAAAACUUCAUCGCCUAUACACGCAACCUUAUCAGAAUAACCACCUACGCGCCCGAGCUCCAGUCUGAUAUUCUUGCCUUGAUUACAGAAAGACUUGUCAAGAUAGAUGUGCAGAUUCAGAUUGAUUUGGAAGAUGUUGAGGAUGAAUUUGGAGAAAACUUCCUACUUGAAGAAGCCCCGGACGCAGAGGAAGAACUUGACGACUCCGACUCCGAUCUCAGUGAUGACGAGGAUGAGGAUGAUCAGCGCUCCACCGCAAUCAAGUCAAACGUCCACAAAGUUGACGGUAUCCUCGAUAUCCUUUUCGAAUUUUUCUCGGAUUCCUUCCAGGCUGCUGCCAGUGGAGACGAUAAAGAGAACAUCUUGGAUCUUCUCAUCAGCCAUUUCCGUUCCAUUAUUCUCCCUACCUACAAGUCCCGCCACUCACAAUUCCUUCUCUUCCACUUUUCACAAUCAUCCCCGGAACUUGUUGACCGAUUUGCUACCGAGUGUAUUGAGAUCAUCUCCAGCAAAUUGCAACCUAGUUUGACACGCCAGUCUGCAGCGGCCUAUCUGGCAAGCUACGUCGCUCGCGGUGCCCAUAUUCCUGGCGAGGCUGUGCGUGAUGUAUUCGAUCUCCUGCUCACUCACUUGGACACCCUACAAUCGGACUACGAACCCAAUUGCCGUGGUCCGGAUCUUCGAUGCUUUGCCCCAUUUUACUCUACUGCUCAAGCGGUGUUCUAUAUCUUUUGUUUCCGUUGGCGUGAUUUGACAAACGCAGCUAUCGAGGGAGAUAGCGAGGAUCAAAUCGAUGAGCUUGAACCGAGUCAAAUAACCUUCCCACCCAACGUCAAAGAGUAUCUGCACAGGGCUAUUUACUCGCGGCUUAACCCGCUUAAGAUUUGCUCUCCUACUAUCGUGACCCAGUUUGCACGCAUUGCCAAUCACUUCCAAUUGCUCUAUGUAUACCCGCUCCUCGAGACCAACAAGCGCCUUCGCGUCACCGCCUUCCGCAGCAUUGCUACUCUCGCAAGUGCCCAGGUCUCUCGUGAAAUUCGUGCAAGUGACCAUCUUGGCUAUCAACUCGAUGCAUACUUCCCCUUUGAUCCAUACCAUUUACCCCGAAGUCGGCGCUGGUUGGAAGGCGACUAUGUCGAAUGGCGUGGCAUUCCUGGCUUGGACGAUAAUGAAAACUCCGACAGUGAGGCAGACGAGGAUGAUGACGAAGGGGACGAUGCCACUGCAACUGACGAAGAAUAA